AUGCACGCCUCCCUCUUCUUGACCGCCCUCGCUGCGGUGGCCGGUCCCGUCGCCGCCUGGCCCGGCAUGGGCUCCGGCGGCCACGGCGCCGCGGCCGGUCAUGCCCACCAUGCCCGCUUCCAUCACAGCGACAUGUACAAAGAAAUCAAGCGGGCCGCGGCCGAUGCCGAGACGAAGAACAAUGCGACGGCGGCCACCGUGGCUGCAAACAACGGCGACGACCACCACGAGCAACACAAGCGCAGCGUCGAAAUGCUCGGCGACCUGGUCUACCUCCCCGACGACAGCCUGUCCGCGUCCGGCAAGGAAAUCAAGUUGAUCCUGGCCGGCAAGAUGUCGCCGCACGCGCCCCUGCCGGCCAACAAGCGCCAGUCCGCGCCGGGGCACAAGCAGGUCCGCCGCAACAACCCCAACAACCCCUGCCAUCCCCAGGCGCCGAGCUCGACAGCCAAGUCUGAGAGCGCGCCCGCUUCGUCUUCGUCUUCGUCCUCGUCCGACGUCCCUGCUUCGUCCGAGCCUGUCUCUUCCGCACCUGUCUCAUCCCAGCCGGUCUCAUCUCAGCCGGUCUCAUCUCAGCCGGUCUCAUCUCAGCCGGUCUCAUCUCAGCCGGUCUCAUCACCUCCUGCUUCGUCCACCCCCGUCUCAUCCGCUCCCGCCUCGUCUGCUCCCGCCUCGUCUGCUCCCGUCUCGUCGGCGCCCCUUUCGUCUGCCCUCUCCGAGUCCUCAUCCACCCAGUCCUCAUCCACCCACUCCACGGCCAGCCCGAGCCCCAUCCCGAGCCCUGCCAGCUGCGAUGUCUGGUCGCAGGUCGCCAAGGCCAUUGUGCCGACAUUCCAGGACGGCAAGAACGGCUGCUCGCGCCUGGCCCGCGGCGCCAUCCGUCUCGGCUUCCACGACGCCGGCGCCUGGAAUCGCACGUCGGCCUGGGGCGGCGCCGACGGCUCCAUCGCGCUCAACCCGUCGGAGCUGGCCCGCGCCGAGAACCGCGGCCUCCAGGACAUUGUCGCGCAGACGCUGACGUGGUACGACGCGUGGCACAGCCGCGGCGUCGGCAUGGCCGAUCUGAUCCAGUUCUCGGCCAUUGUCGCCACCGUCACCUGCCCGCUGGGCCCGCGCAUCAAGUUUUUUGCCGGCCGCCCCGACGACGCCCGCGCCGCCCCCGACGGGCUGCUGCCCUCCGUCGACGGCACCGCGCCCGCGCUGAUUGACCUGUUCCAGGCCAAGACGUUCUCGCCGGCCGACCUCGUCGCGCUGCUGGGCGCCCACUCGACGAGCCAGCAGUUCUUUGUGGACCCGGCGCAGGCCGGCGCGCCGCAGGACUCGACGCCGGGCGUCUGGGACACCAAGUUCUACGCCGAGACGGCGGCCCGCACGGCCCCCAAGGGCGUCUACCGCUUCCCCAGCGACGUGGCCCUGGCCACGUACCAGGGGACGUCGGGCACCUGGCAGCACAUGAGCAGCCAGUUUGCGUGGGACGGCGCCUACGCCAAUGCCUACUUCCGCCUGUCGCUGCUGGGCGUCAACAACAUCAACGACCUGGUCGACUGCUCCGAGUCCGUUCCUUGA